AUGUUGAAGGAGUAUCUUCAUGAGUUCCAGCAACAGGGCGAUGCUUAUUCGGAUGGCAACGAAAUAACACAGCGCUUGAAAUCAGGCUUGAACAACAGACUUUAUUGGGCCUGGUGUUCCUUCCGAGUACGUUACUCCAGAAGCGCACUUACUCGGGAUAGCGACAAAUUGGUAGCACUUUGCGGGAUAGCGAAACAGGUUGGAGAUGCCACAGGAGACGAACUUGUCGCGGGGCUCUGGAAGAGUCUGAUAAUCGAAGAGCUAUGUUGGUUCAAACGAUUGUUUCACAAUGAAAAACUUGCCAUCGAGCCCACAGAAUGGAGAGCUCCCACUUGGAGUUGGGCUGUUUCCAAUGGUAAGAUAUGGAUUAGUACAUUGUCCAAGUUCCACCGCAUGCACGAAAGUCGACACUUUGAAACAGAGCUUGUCGAUCUCGACAUCGGCACAAAGCCAUCCGGAGAACUCACACACGCAUCCAUGAAGAUCAAGUGUAAGCCAAUGCUUGCUAUGCUCGUACCAGACCCCAAUCAAUCGCUCCCUAAAUACGAGCUCAGGGGUUGUCUGGUACUGAUGGAAGAUGAUGUGCAUCCAUCAGACGCAAAACUUAGUGAAAAGAUUGCAAAGAUUCCAUCUAAACUCAACAUGGAUGAUCCAAACGUGUGUAAACCACAGCAAGUUUACAUCAUUGUGAUUCAAAGAUGUUUCCAUGAAUAUCAUAUUGAUGACGACGACAAGAACAGUACACAAAACACUAAGAGCAAUAUGUCGGGCGAUUCUCAAGAAAGUGUCAGCAGCAGUGAUAAAGAGAACGAAAAGGUUGAAAAAUUUGAAAAGGAUACAAGCAUGCUGGAAGGUUUGCUCUUACAAGCAAAAGGCAAGGACCUGGCGACCUUUUCGAGGAUUGGAAUGUUUCAUGUUAAUUUCUAUGAAGGAGACCCUGGGACGAUAUUCAAUGCUCAUCUCAAGGCUGAAGAACGGAUUAUAACGCUCAUAUAG